AGCAGCUGAGGGACUCCCAAGUUAGCGGCCCAACGCAGAUGUCGCACUUUGCCAGAGCUUCAGUCUAGGAUCCAGCGUGCAGGACUGCUGUGUUUUUGUUUGGUUUUUAUUUGGCUUUGCUUUCUGUGUGAGGCUGAGACUCCUUAAAGAGGCGAGACGUAGACGAUCGCUUCGAUUUCAAAGGUGUCAAUGGCCUGCUCUGACUCAAAGCUGAGAUCGGCCUGCAGAGGAAUGUAGCUCGUGUCACUGGAGCUAUUCUGGCGAUACACCGGCACUGAUGACCGGGGACACGUAGCGGAGCGUGGAACAGUUGCUUUUCCUCGUUUAUUUCUACCUUUUCCCUGCCAGCGAGUUUGAUCAUGCGCCGCUCGCCAGUGCCGCGGGGACUAGAGAGUUAAACAAAUGGCACGCCAGCUCCGCUUGCAUUUCGCGUCGCGAAGAAGCAACACGGACCCCCUGUCUGAGAGCCUCAGCUGCCACGGUGAAGAGAGCCCGGUCGGCGUCUCGGCGCACGGCCCCGCCGAGAAUCUGGCGCACAGCUCUGUCCACUUGAAGGUGAUUCCUCUCUCGCCGGAAGUCGCCAGCAGCCAGAGCUCCUCGCUGUUCAUAUCCAGGGUCAACCCUGGAGGUUGCAGCAGGAAGAGUGUGUUGCAGAUCUCGCUGCAGCCAUGCGGGAAGCCGAGCGGAGAGUUGGAAGGGGGCGUCGAGGACGGCGACGGCGGCGGCGGAGUCUGUGUCGGUUCUGACGGAGGCUCGUGCAACAGCAGCAUGGCCAGCGACGCCGGGUACUGCAGCAGCAACAGCAUCUUUGAGCCAGAGCUUCCGGAGAAGCACAGGAGCAGCCAGGAGAGGACCCAGGUCUGCCGCAGGUCCAAGGUCCCGCUGCGCCGCUGCUCCUCCUUGGUUAUUAUCCCAAAGAGCCCGUGCAGCACGCCGCCCGCUUCUCCGGUCGGCCCCGCGGCUCACUUCACCCUGCCCCCGUUGAGGGGGUCUCAUCCGCCGCUUCUCCAGGCCGGUGAAUUCUUCCAAGCUGAUGGCUCGGCGACGGGUAGAGAUCAGCCAAAGGGAAGCUGUCCGUCUGAGUUUAGGGACUCGAAACACAUGGUGCACUUUAACAUCCCUUUACAGGAUGAACCAAAAUGCAAACAGGAGGACAGGAUUACAGGGACGGAGCCGUCGUCCAAUCUCCACUCCAGCAGCGUGAUGCUGCGGUUUGCCCACCAGAGACCCAUGGCGUCGGCAAAAAGAACCACAUCAGCGGCCUCAGCCGGCGCGCAGCACCCCGAUGCUCAUCAUCACCCAGCUGGACUCUGUGAGAGGCAGGACGAAGCUCACAGAAAACUCUACCGCAGUACCUCCGCCUGUUUGUUUUCCUCAGCUAAACAGCCUGAGAGGAGCGGCGCGGUCUGUGCGUCAGGGAAGGGUCAAGGGAAACACUGUCAUCACGCCAUGCAGAGGAGCUUUUCUCUGGAGGUGCCGUACGCCAACACGGGGAUUUCAUGUCACGUUUCGAACCCGAAGCUCGGCAGCCCUCUUUCUCCGCAUGUACACAUCCACUUGUCUCCUUGCUGCCCCGCGAAGGCGCCCGCUAAUGCCCCUAAUGGGUUGAAAACGAGGCACAAAGGAAACAGGGAGACGCGUGAUGACUUUCUGGGUCAGGUGGACGUGCCCUUGAAUCAGAUACCGACAGAAAAUCCUAACUCCAGUAGGCCAUACACAUUCAAGGAUUUUCUGCUCCACCCCCGAAGCCAUAAGUCCAGAGUCAAAGGUAAUCUGCGUCUCAAAAUGACCUACCUGCCGAAGAACACUGGCUCAGAAGAGGAAGCGGCAGAUCAGACAGAGGAACUGGAUCCUACCUGGGAGUCUCUGGAUCAGGACAUGUCCGGUCCCAGACAGAGCCAGCUGCUGCCUCCUCUGCCUCCCGGCUGGGAAGAGCGGCAGGACAACCUGGGAAGAACCUACUUCGUCAACCACGUGACCAGAACCAUGCAGUGGCACCGGCCGACAACACAGGAGAGCAAUGGGGAAAGUCAUAGAGAGCAGAACAAUAGCACAGACGCGGAACAUGCCUUAAAUACACGCAGACAGAUCUCGGACCAUGAUGAGACCGCCACCCCACACGAGUCUCCAGAGAGCUGGGAGGUCAUUACGGAGGACGAAUGCACUUCUUAUCCCAGAAACCAUCAGCUCACAUCGCCUUCGUCCCACGAGCUUCCAGCAUUCUCGUCUCUAAGUCACGAGAACAGAAACCUUUGCGCGCCACGAUCCUCAGCUAGAGAGCGCCGCAGUUCCCAGAAUAACCACAUAAGUAAUUCAAACCAUUCCAGCCUAAGAGAAAGUGCUCAGGCUUCGACAAGAGAGGAACAUCCAGUGCCACUUCCUGCAUCAACUCAGUUGCCUCCAGGCUGGGAGGAGAAGCGUGACGGUAAAGGAAGGCGCUACUAUGUCAACCAUAACACCCAAACCACCACAUGGGUGCGACCCAUCAUUCAGAGACCUGCAGAAACGGCACCAGCAGCACCAGCAGCAGCACAGAGUGUAUCAGCUCUGCCUCAAAACCACAACUCACCGUCCCAUCCGCCUGUCAGACCCGCAGAGUCUUCUCAGCCCAGACCGAGCUCAGAGGCCGCCUCCGAGUUGAGCUCCUUACCCCAGGGCUGGGAGGUGCGCAGCGCUCCAAACGGAAGGCCCUUUUUCAUCGAUCACAACACAAAGACGACCACCUGGGACGAUCCCAGGCUUAGGAUUCCUGUGUCCGUCAGGAAGACGGGCUCACUCGACCCCAAUGAUCUCGGCCCGCUGCCACCUGGUUGGGAGGAAAGGAUCCACAGUGAUGGCAGGAUAUUCUACAUAGAUCACAACACCAAGGCCACGCAGUGGGAUGAUCCCAGAUUGCAGAAGUCGGCUAUUACCGGUCCAGCUGUGCCUUACUCUCGAGACUACAAACAGAAGUAUGACUACUUCAAAAAGAAGCUGGUCAAACCGUCCGACAUCCCCAACCGCUUUGAGAUGAAGAUGAAGCGAAGCUCGGUGCUGGAGGACUCCUACAGACGCAUCCUCGCAGUGAAGAGGCCGGAUCUGCUGAAGGCUCGGCUCUGGGUCGAGUUCGACGGGGAAAAAGGUCUGGACUAUGGCGGUGUGGCCAGAGAGUGGUUCUUCCUCAUGUCCAAGGAGAUGUUCAACCCGUACUAUGGACUGUUUGAGUAUUCUGCCACAGACAACUACACGCUGCAGAUUAACCCUAACUCCGGUUUGUGUAAUGAAGACCACCUGACCUAUUUCAAGUUCAUCGGUCGUGUGGCUGGCAUGGCGGUGUUUCACGGCAAACUUCUGGAUGCUUUCUUCAUCCGGCCUUUCUACAAGAUGAUGCUGCAGAAGCCGAUCACUCUACAGGACAUGGAGUCAGUUGACAGCGAGUACUUUAACUCCUUAAAGUGGAUCUUGGAGAACGACCCAGAAGACUUGGACCUGAGGUUCACCAUUGACGAGGAGCUGUUUGGAGAGACUCACCAGCACGACCUAAAACCCGGCGGCUCAGAGAUCGUUGUCACGAACGAAAACAAGAAAGAAUACAUCGACCUGGUGAUGCAGUGGAGAUUUGUGAACAGAAUACAGAAACAGAUGAUGGCCUUUAAAGAGGGAUUCUUUGAGCUGAUACCAAAGGAUUUGAUCAGGAUUUUUGAUGAAAAUGAGCUCGAGCUUCUCAUGUGCGGCCUUGGAGAUGUGGAUGUAAAUGACUGGAGGCAGAACACCAAAUACAAGAACGGUUACUGUCCCGACCACGCGGUCAUCCUGUGGUUUUGGAAAACGGUUCUCCUGAUGGAUGCAGAAAAGAGAAUCCGGCUCCUCCAGUUUGUGACGGGAACCUCCAGAGUCCCAAUGAAUGGGUUUGCUGAACUCUAUGGGUCUAAUGGACCACAGCUGUUUACCAUUGAGCAAUGGGGCACAAGUGAUAAACUUCCCAGAGCCCACACAUGCUUCAACCGCCUGGACCUUCCGCCUUACAAGUCCUUCGAGGAGUUAAGGGAGAAGCUCACCAUCGCCAUUGAGAAUGCGCAGGGCUUCGACGGGGUAGAUUAAUGUGCGUGUUUGGACGUAGGGAGCUGACAUUGCUGCAGUCGGAGUGUAUCCAAUGAGGAUUUCAACCUGCCAGCUGUGUGACAGAUGAAGGAAAAUCACACGGCCAUCACUCUGGUCCACUGUUGGAGCACACAGGAGAAACAAAGUGACAGAUACCUUUAAAUCUGCAUCAGUUUACAAAUCAGGUUCUUUAUUGGGAGUCGCUCACAGGUGUAUUUACUGUUGUUUGUUCUGCUUAAAUGCUCUGAUGUGGUUAAAAAAAAGGUUGAUUUUUUUUUUUUUUUUUUUUUUUUUUGUGAGCUGAUAUGCAUAAAUACUGUGAAUGUGAUGUUAGAUGCUAGCUAUAAAUUCAUGCCUCCUUUAUUGGAGAUAUCUGAGACACUGGUUUGGAAAAAUCAAACCGCAUCCCGCCUUAGGAAAGGGCACAGAGUCCAAAAUCAAUGUGAAAUUGCCGAAAUGCAGCAAAUAUGUACAUCUUCACUCUUAGCUGAGGGAAAUCUAUACCUAGAGAGAUGUCCUCAUUAUUUUUCUCAGCAGUUUUCCAAUGCAAAAGCGAGCCGCUUAUUUCCUACUAAAGACAUGUGAAAAAGCCAAGCUUUAGCACGAGUGGGAAAAAUACUGUUUAUUUUAGAUAUUUCUCACAGCAGAAUAGAAACACGCUGUCAGUCACUACCAGGUGUAGGGAUAAAUACCACUUCUAGCAAUCACAUGGUUCGGCCCACAACAGACUCUGUCAUCAGAGUCAGCGUCUGAACAGACCUCAAUGGUGGAUGAAAAUAUGAUUUUCCAUUUCAUUUUUUUUACCGCUUAAGUUAAAAAAUAAACAAACAUGAAGUAGAAUAAAACUUUGGCACAAUAGUUUAUUCCUAAAUGUUAAAAUAUCUCUGUAGGGGAUAACUUUGGCUUGAAAUGUUUUGAUUUGGUUUUUUUUAUCUCUUUUAUUACAGGACAUUAGUUAAUUUUCUGUGUUUAGCAUUUUUCAUUCCAGUAUCUCAGAUACAUGGAUGCAGGGAGCCAUUUAUAGCAGACACUGUUACAUACACAUUUGAGCGACGUCAGUUCAUAAACGUGUCGUUUUAAAGAUAAAGUAUUACGGUAGUGAUGUACCAAUACCUGGACCAGUAAAAAGCUUCGGUAAUUAGUCUGUAUCUAUCUAUCUGUGUAGUCCGCAGAGAAGAGAAGAAGUGACUGCAUGCAGUGUUGGAUGGUGCGGAAAUAUCAAGCAGGCUUGUAUAUAUUGAUUUAAGCAAAGUGUCUCUUACCUUUUUGAGCUUCAAAUCUUGCAUAAUAUGUAUUGUAAAUGCAAAUGUAACUGUGCCUUCCACAUGUAGUUUUUGUAUGCUGUAAACGUUAUCGUCUCAACUCUGAUUGCAUCGAAAGAAUCCAUGUAAAUUCACCUUUAAUCUCUGGGUGGUAGCUUUGCAUAAACCUUUGCAAGCUGGCCUUACUUUUACUGCCUUUUUUGUCUUGUGAUAUCUUGGUUUUAUCUCAAACUCAUUAGGGGUGGUCUGAUUGCAGCUCUGCUCUGUUUUUGAGAGCGCAUCUUCAACAUUUUGUUGGUUUGUGUACAGAUUGUUGUUCUCAAAGUGAGAACUGAUUUGUAAUACCUUUGUAUGAAAUGGCUGUACUUGAGCUAUAGUUUUAACAUUUUCUGACAGGUGAAACAUGUUUACACUAGCUGCCAUGUUUACAAGUCUGUGAGAGGGGAGGGGGGGGGGGGGGGUAAUGUGGCCUGGUUCUUGUCUUUGACAUUUUCUUACUCCUGCUUUUAUAAAGUUAAGCACUUUGUUGACGAGUCUUACUUCUAAACUGAAUCUUUGCCAAACUGUUGCCUGCAGACUUUUAUCACUCAUGAUGUUUUGCUUCACGUGCACAUGUUUAAAUGUUUACAUGUGAACUUUGCUUAAAACGAGCACUUUCUCUUCUUUCACAUUCACUUUUAAAGAGAAAUGCCAAGGCCUUCGUUUGUGACAUGUUAUGGAGACUAUAAUUAUCUUGUCACAGCUGAAAGGAAGUUAUCUGUGUAUAUAAUCAUCAACCACUAGAGACAAUACUCUCCGUCAUAUCAGAUUCUUCUAUCAUACACUGUACAUGCGGUUUAAAGGGCAGAACUAGUUGUUUAUCAUUCAAUUUAACUACCUAUAGCGCAGCACAUCUUUAGACUGAAUAUAAAUGUUUGCAAAAUAAACACGUAAAAACCCGGA